GAAAAGGCAGAAUCUUUACUUGACACAAUGAGGAGUAAAGGGUAUGUAAUACAUCCACUGCCAUUUAAUGUAAUGAUGACUCUGUACAUGAACCUUGAGGAAUAUGAUAAAGUUGAUAUGUUGGUUUCUGAAAUGAUGGAAAAAAACAUAGAGCUAGAUAUCUAUACAUAUAAUAUCUGGUUAUCUUCUUGUGGAUCUCAAGGAUCAAUAGAAAAGAUGGAACAAGUGUUUGAACAGAUGGAAAAGGAUCCUACCAUUGUCCCCAACUGGUCAACAUUCAGCACAAUGGCUUCAAUGUACAUUAGGAUGGAUCAGAAUGAAAAAGCAGUAGAGUGCUUAAGAAAGGUUGAGGGUAUAAUUAAAGGUCGAGAUAGAAUACCUUUUCAUUAUCUCCUGAGUUUAUAUGGACUUGUUGGAGAGAAAGAUGAACUGUAUCGUGUGUGGAAUACUUACAAAUCAAUUUUUCCAAGUAUACCAAACUUGGGAUACCAUGCUAUUAUUUCUUCUCUUGUAAAAUUGGAUGAAAUUGAAGGUGCAGAAAAACUUUAUGAGGAAUGGGUUUCAGUAAAGGCAACAUAUGAUCCUAGAAUCGGAAACCUUCUUCUUGGCUGGUAUGUUAAGAAAGGCAAUACAGAUAAGGCUUUGAGUUUCUUUGAGCAGAUGAAGAAGGAUGGUGGCAUUCCAAAUUCAAAUACAUGGGAG